CAGUAAAGUUCUGUACACGGUUCAUUCUAGACUCUGACCUGAAGGGAGAACUUUGUCUUCAAUAUUUUUCAGGACUUUAUCCGACACAAAUGGAUUGGAAGUUUCUUGAAGGUCUUCUCAGUGGAGUGAACAAAUACUCCACUGCGUUCGGACGGAUCUGGCUGUCCGUGGUCUUCGUGUUCCGCGUGCUCGUCUUCGUGGUCGCCGCCGAGAGAGUAUGGAGCGACGACCAGGGACACUUUGACUGCAACACGCGCCAACCGGGAUGCACCAACAUCUGCUACGACUACUACUUCCCCAUCUCUCACAUCCGCCUAUGGGCCCUCCAGCUCAUUUUCGUCACCUGUCCCACGUUCAUGGUUGUUCUCCACGUGGCGUACAGAGAGGAACGGGAACGCAAAUACAAAGCCAAGCACGGCGAGGAAACACGACUUUACGACAACCCUGGACAGAAGCACGGCGGCCUCUGGUGGACAUACUUGAUGAGUUUGUUCCUGAAGACUGCGUUCGAGGUCACGUUUCUCUACAUGCUUCACUACAUCUACGACACGUUCAGACUGCCGCGGAAAGUCCAGUGCGACGUUAGCCCGUGUCCGAACCUGGUGGACUGUUACAUCGCUCGACCGACGGAGAAAACGGUGUUCACGUAUUUCAUGGUGGGGGCGUCGGUGAUGUGUAUUAUUCUAAAUCUGUGCGAGAUUUUCUACCUGAUCGCGGCGCGUGUGGUGAAAAGGAAGCAAAGAGGGAGCGUCCACACCAACACGUGUGCGAAGAUCGUGGAUUAAGAUUUAAGACGCUGAAAGACUCCAGUACAAGAAUCACAGACAAAUGUUAAUAAUAAUAAUAAUAAUAAUAAUAAUAAUAAUACAUUUUAUUUGUUAGGCGCCUUUCAAGGCUCUCAAGGUCGCCGUACACAUAUACACACAUACACAAUACAAAUAGAACAAUGUUGAGUUUUUGAAUAUUUUCUAUUUCCAUAUUUACACAUUUUCUAGACCUAUAUAUUACAAAAACACUGUAACAUUUGUGGCCGUGUUUUCAGGGGUGUAGCACCAAAUUUUGGGCCCUGGGCACAAUGAAAAAUGCCCAUUACAGUUUGUAAAGGGCCCCUCCCUGCACGGGGCCCUGGGUGAACAGUACCACCCCCCCCAGUCCAAGGCCUCUGCGGGUCCCUCAUUUUUUACAUACUUUUUUGUUUGCAGACUAACAGUACAAUGUCCAUUAUUUUGUAAUUUAAGUUUGGUAAAUAAAAGUUCAGACAUUCAUAACAUUAAAAUGCUUUUCAUCAAGAAACUGUUUCCCCUUUCGCACUGUCUCAUUUGUUCAUUGAUGAGUUUGGAUCUGCUGUAUUUG